AUGGAAAUCGGAAAACAACAACUUGGACGCAUUGUCUUUGAAUUAUUUGCUGAUGUUGUACCUAAAACUGCUGAAAAUUUCCGUGCGUUAUGUACGGGAGAGAAAGGAACGGGGCCUACCACUGGAAAACCCCUCCAUUACAAAGGAUGCCCUUUCCACAGAAUUAUAAAGCAAUUUAUGGUCCAGGGUGGAGAUUUCUCAAACCAAAAUGGCACUGGUGGAGAAAGUAUAUAUGGUGAAAAAUUUGAGGAUGAAAACUUUCAUUAUAAGCAUGAUAAACCAGGGCUGCUGAGCAUGGCAAAUGCAGGACCUGGUACUAAUGGCUCUCAGUUCUUCAUUACAACGGUGCCUACUUCUCACCUGGAUAAGAAACAUGUGGUGUUUGGCCAAGUGAUCAAAGGAAUGGGUGUAGUUAAGAUACUGGAAAAUGUUGAAGUGAAAGGAGAAACUCCUGCUAAGUUGUGCGUCAUUGCAGAAUGUGGAGAGCUAAAGGCAGGAGAUGACUGGGGAGUUGUGCCCCAGGAUGGAUCUGGAGAUGCUCAUCCAGAUUUUCCUGAAGAUUCAGAUAUGGACUUGAAAGAUGUUGACAAGAUUGUGGCCAUAGCAGAAGACAUAAAGAAUAUAGGAAAUACUUUCUUCAAAUCGCAAAAUUGGGCAUUGGCAGCUAAAAAGUAUAGUAAAAGUUUACGGUAUGUAGAAGCUUCUGAAGCAGUGGCAGAGGAGGCAGACAAACCAAAGCUAAAAACUGUUGCUCUGACCUGUGUUCUAAACAUUGGCGCUUGUAAACUAAAACUGUCUGAUUGGCAGGGAGCCAUUGAAAGUUGUUCAGAGGCUCUUAAAAUAGAUCCAGCAAAUACUAAAGCUCUCUACAGACGGGCUCAAGGAUGGCAGGGAAUAAAAGAUCUCGAUCAGGCAUUGGCUGAUCUUAAAAAGGCUCAUGAAAUUUCCCCUGAAGACAAAGCUAUCCAGACGGAAACACUCAAAAUCAAACAGAAGAUAAAAGCCCAGAAGGAGAAAGAGAAGGCAGCUUAUGCUAAAAUGUUUGCUUGAUAUUUUUUUCCUAAACUUCUAAAUCUAUGCACUAACUCAUGCAAAAGGAUAAAUGGAGCUGCUUUUUUCAUUUGCCCUGUGCUGCAGUUUUCAGUGUUUACAACUCAGAAGUCUAAUAAUAAAGACAAACUGUUCAAAGGUGAA